CUUGGAAUGGUUUCCCCAGGGGAGGUCCGGAGAAGCUUGACAUGUACUCUUUUGAAACAUGUGAGUGGCAGCGGCCGUGCAUCAACUAAUCACAAGUCAUUCGCUAGACACUAUCAACGGGUACCUACGAUAGAAGUUCACGAUCGCGGGUACAAUCCUCGUACAUCCCUCGUCCAUCGCCUAACACGCGGCAUCGCAACAAAUCGCACCACGACCUCUAAGAAGACAUUUACCCCAUCAAUCGAACAACAGGCCAUAGUGAAGCUCUGUCGCACGCAGAAUGUCGUCGUUUCGGCUCGUCCAGGCGCAGGAAAGACGGCCACAGCUGAAGCUAUCGUUGCCGCCAACCCAGGCCGACCCAUAGCCAUCAUUACCUACUCCAAACGCCUGCAACUUGAUACCGCGCGCCGCUUGGAGACCUAUCCUGGGAAUGAUGUCCUCACAUUCCACGGAGUGGCCGGUCAGCUGUUCUCAACUAUUGUGCCUAACGAUUCCAUCUUGAGCUCCUUGAGGAGAAAAGGAGCCGUACCCGCCUGGACUGGUAAGCCGUACGAGAUCGUAAUCCUGGACGAGCUGCAAGAUUGCACCGACGACCUGUUUUGGCUGAUAUGCGCCUUCAUAUCGGCUGUGACCGACGCAGCGUGUGGCAGGGCUCCCCAGAUAGUCGUGCUGGGUGACGAACGGCAGGCUAUCUACGGGUUUAAAAAGGCCGAUUCACGCUAUUUGAGUCUGUCUUCCUCCGCCAUGGCCACCCUCUCGCACUACAUGUGGACACACGUGGCUUUGAGCAAGAGCUUUCGCCUUAGCCAUGAAAACUCGGCGUUUGUCAACAACGUGUUUCUCGGGGGCGAGCAAUACAUCAUCGGCUCCCACAGCGGGCCGAAACCACUAUACCUGCAUGGAAACGUUUUCGACCCAGUGAGCUUCACCCGACAUCUACUGCCACUUAUCCACCAGUACGGGCCUGAGCGCACAGCCAUCCUCGCCCCGUCCGUCGAUAGAAAUAGGCCACUUGCGUUGCUCACAAACUACUUAUCUGAGGUACACGGCAUACCGAUUGCUGAGCCCAUCUCGGAUGAAGUACAGCUAGAAGAUCGAGUCUUGCAGGGCAAGAUAUGUGUGAGCACCUACCACCAGUUCAAAGGAAACGAGCGCGACCUGGUCAUCGUUUAUGGCGUUGAUGCGAGCUACUUCAAGUUUGUAGCUCGCGACCUUCCAGACGAUACGUGCCCGAACACCACCUUUGUAGCUCUCACUCGUGCAUGCAAACAUCUUGUUAUAGUACAUCACAACCAAAACAGCAUAAUGUCCUUUGUCGACGUUGCAGAACUUUACAAAACAACCAAUUUCGUCAACCUCAACUAUCAUAGGAAGAUGCUAGAAUCUAACCCCCCGGGCCGCCCACUGCAACUAGGCCUGCUUCUCUCAAAGACAGUUUCCGCCUCGGAAUUGCCGCGCCAUGUCCCCGAUGAGAUUAUUGACGACAUAUGUGCGCGACACCUGCAAAUCAACCAGACUCAGCCGUCCCUCCCAAUUGCACAACAUAUCAACGCCCCAGCCAUAGUCAUUAGCGACCCCACCAGAGGCCACUACGAGGCUGUAAGCGACCUGAAUGGGCUUGCCGUGGUAGCAGCGUACGAAUAUGCCUUACUAGGUACUCUUACCACUCUUGAAAGACCCAAAGCAUCGUUGCUGGGAUUCCCUUCCAACACCAAUGCGCAAGCAAUUUGGCUCUGCCGUGAGGCCUGUGAGUACAAUGCUCAGGUGUCGGGGUACAAAGCCCGGAAAGUACAGAUGAAAGGGCACCGUUUCGACUGGCUUGGAUCAUAUCUCGACGCAGCUAGGGAUCGGCUAGAAGCCCAAUUUCCUGAAACGGCCGUGGUGGACUUCGAAGUCCAGUUGAAAGAAAAGAAUUUUCGUGUAGCUAAUCCCUUGGGAGGUGAGGACCAGAUUACCGACCUAUAUGGGCGAGCAGACAUUGUCCAAUUUGAGGGAGCUUUACAUACAUCCGCAGCAAAGCUGAAAAGGAGAAAGGCGAAACGAAGCCUGGGGAAUAUUAAUUCGGAUGGAGUGUCGAUCUGGGAGAUCAAAUUCGUUACCCAGUUAUCACACCAUCAUGUCAUCCAGGCCUGCGUCUAUGCCUAUCUCUGGACCAAAAAACACAAGCCAGACAUACUUCCCCAAAUCAUCCUCUUCAAUGUCCGUGAUGGAGAGAAGUGGGAGGUUGUACCGCGUGAUGGCGUGGCCAGCUUAAGGGUUGUGGUAGAGGAGAUGUUGAUUGCGAAGUACUCGACUAAAGAUACGCUGACGACGGAUGAGUUCUUGAAGAAAUGUGCAGACACAAAGGCCGAGGUUGAAGAAAGCUAUGGAAGGCUGGAUAGGGGAUCUCACUGUGUGGACAUGUAGUAUAACAUAUUUGUAUUUGUUACAGUCCAACUUGUAAAGAUGGGAACACCCAUAGUCAAAUUCAACGUGUAAAAGUACAGGAGCGUCUGUUUAUGGAUCAAUAGAGGAGUGCGAAUCGCCCCA